AUGCAAGCAAGUUGGGCGAUCGUUCCUCCGCUGCUUUUGCUAAUCUCGGCCAGAAAAGCAGAAGAACUAGCUGAAGAACCGCCGCCCAGGAUCCAACCCAGAAUCUUCAAUGGCAGGGAGAUAAGCAACGGUGCCCUCGGUGGAAUGGGCAUACAGAUCUUCAAUAGAACCCACCUCCUCUGCACGGGAACACUUCUUACACCCCGUCACUUCUUGACAGCAGCCCAUUGCUUUGAUGGCAUGAAGCUGUCUGAUUUCCACGUGAUUGGUGGCAUGACCAAGGAGUUCAAUGGCCAUCAAACCAACUUCAAAAGAAACAGGCUUGUGGCGGUGCGAAUUUCUCCGGAUUUCGAGAGGGACAGCUUCAUCGGCGAUGUCGCAGUGGCCAAGAUCCAAUACCCCUUGAGAAGCAAGUACAUUGGCUAUGCGGCGGUCUGCAAAUCCCCUUUGUUCACCAGCGAUACGGUCACCGUGGCGGGUUGGGGAUACAAUGGAGGGAACCGAGAUGGAUCGCGUAACACCUUGCGCUAUAUGAAGGUUAGGAUUGUGGAAAGAAGUGUGUGCGAGAGGCAACUGGGUCGCUCUCUUCCGCCGAACAUCAUUUGUGCCGGCGGCUAUGAUGGCCGUACUCUGUGCUACGGCGACUCCGGCGGACCGCUGCUGUUCCGCCAUCAAGUGUGUGGCAUCAGCACCUGGACAUUCAAAUGCGGCAACAGCGACAAGCCCGACAUCUACAUGAGUGUGCGCUACUAUGCUAAAUUCAUCAUCAAAGCAGUUGGGGAAAUGGGCAAAUAAAACCAGCGAUUCAAAAAGAA